UUUUUUUCAGGGGAAUGCACCCACACCCAAAAUCCUACAGGUAAAGCCAACAAGGUCCGCUGAUAACAUGGCAGCACCAACACAGAAGCCCAAGAGUGAUGUCAAAAAAGAGAAGAAUGCCACUUCAGCAGAGGAAAAGAUGAUGAACAGGACUUUCUACAUCAUUUUUAUUUCUCUUGUCAUUGAUCUUUUGGCUUUCACAGUCAUUUUGCCUCUGCUCCCAUCGCUGUUGGACCAUUAUGGCAGCAGUGACACACAAGGUCUCUAUACAUUCAUGAAAAGUUUCAUUGGCAGCUUCAGAGAAUUUGUUGGAGCACCUGAUACGCCCAAAUGGAAUUCUGUUCUUUUUGGUGGUAUUAUUGGCUCUUUAUUUUCCUUUCUGCAAUUCCUGUCCACUCCUAUUAUUGGUGCAGCUUCAGAUGUCUAUGGGAGGCGUCCUGUUAUGCUACUUUGCAUGGUUGGAAUUGCAUUGUCAUACGUUGUGUGGAUGCUGUCAAGCAAUUUCACUCUGUUUGUCCUUGCUCGUGUUAUUGGAGGCAUCAGCAAAGGAAACAUCAGUCUCAGCACUGCCAUAGUAACAGAUGUUUCCACACCAGAAAAGCGAGGCAGGGGAAUGGCACUGGUUGGCAUUGCAUUUUCCAUUGGUUUUGUUUUUGGACCUACAAUUGGAGCGAUAUUUUCAUUUAUUGACAAAGAAAGUGAUCAGUUUUAUGUUCUUCCUGCCAUCUUUUGCAUUGUGCUUGCGGUUGCAGAUAUUUUAUUUCUCUUUAUGUUCCUGCAAGAAACACUGCCAGAGAGCAAACGAUCAAAAACAUCAGUUCUUGCCAGCUCUUUUGAACUUAUCAAUCCAAUAUCUUUAUUCCAAUUUGCAAGUGUGAAGAACAUUCCUAAUUCUGACAAACAAAUGGUACAAGGCUUAGGAGGUGUCUACUUUUUGUAUCUCUUUAUAUACUCAGGAAUGGAAUUUACAUUGCCAUUCUUGAUGCACAACAGAUUCAAUUAUAACAGCAUGCAACAAGGAAAGAUUUUCUUUAUUGGAACUCUAAUGGCUUUAAUACAGGGAGGUUAUGUUCGGCGUGUGAAACAAGGGAAAGAGACCAGAGUUGUUGCUCAGGGAAUUUUUGUAUUGAUUCCUUCCUUUGUGAUAAUGGCAUUCACCAACAAUAUCAUCUUGAUGUACAUCGCUUUAGCACUUUUCUCAUUAGCUUCAGCAACAGUGGUUCCUUGCCUGACAACUCUGAUAUCAGUGUAUGGAGGUGCUGACCAGAAAGGAAAAGUCAUGGGAAUUUUUCGGUCUUUAGGGUCAUUGGCCCGUGCUACAAGUCCUGUCUUUGCUUCCACAGUAUAUUGGUGCUUUGGAGCAGAGGCAUGCUACCUUUCAGGCAGUCUUCUAAUGGUGAUACCAUUACUACUUGCUGCUCAGCAAAGGAAACAAAAAGCUUGAGAAGUCUGUUCACAUUAAAAUCAGUAAGAUUGGGAUGCAAAUGUUCCAAUGCCAAAGUCUGUCUUUGUUCUAUGGGUAUUUAUGGAAUUGAUAAAAAGAAGUAUUUGGUAGACAGAUGAUUUGGUUGGUUUUUUUUUUUCUAAAACAUAGACUGUAAGCAACCAACUUACCGGGCUGUUUGGAAGGUAGUCUUUUACCUGCUUACUUCUGUUUCCAUAUGGAGAAUUUUUUAUGGGCUGUUUUUUGGUGUUUUUUUUUAAUUUACAGCUAUUCAUAUUAAGUAUCAAAUGGCUUUUGUACAUAUAUCAGAUAUUUGAAAUAUUUUUGGAUGGAAAAUAUUUUAUAACCACCAUACAAAUAUGGAUUUUUUAAUCUCAAAAAUUAUUUUACAACAUAAAACAGUGUUUUGCUGCUGUAAACUACCUUCAGUGCUUACAGAAUUUUUUCUUUUGUAUCUAUCAUGUGGGUGAUGGGAAUUCAGGAGUUGGUUGGUUAGGUAAUUGAGUUUUACACCAUGUUAGCCACUAAGGCUAUAACACGAUGAGAGAAGGUAAUGUUAAUGUUACAUUCAAAGGUUGCAAAAUAAUAAAACCCAGGGUAAUGUAUAACAGUGUUUAUAAUAACAAUGAACACAGCAUAAAAGCAUAAUGUAAAAACAUAGCCAGCAAGAAGAAAUCAGUAACUAUUUAUAAGGGAGGGUGUUUUUUUUUUAAAUGGGAGGGGAGGUGUUGCAGCCACCGAAUAGGCCACGAAUAAAAGCUGUGGAUCAGAUUAAAAGUCCUUAAAUCUUAUAAUAAAGUUUUAUUGUCUUCAAAAAUAUUUUGUAAAAAUGGCUGCUGCUGGAGUACUCUUGAGUAUAGUGAGCUAUGAAAAAUAAAAACUGCUGGCGUACUCAAGGAAGUCUGGACAGGUAACUAAAAUAUGUAACACAGUAAAAUGUUUAAGACACUAUGGGCAGACUGGAGGGGGUUUGCCCUGUAAAAGGUAGGAAUGUGCAGCAUGGUCUGUCCAACCUUAAGUCUGGCCAAUACCACCUCUUCCUGCCAUGCAGAAUGGCCAGGAGGGAAAUUGAGUGGGGUAAUUUUCCAUUUUUAUUAUCAUUAAAUAUACAUUAAACAUGCAGUAUAUGUCUAAUUCAUUUUGCUUAAACUAGUCAAUAAAUGAGUGAGUAAUUAUCCACAAUACAGCUAUACUUUAUUUCAAUAAAGAUGGAAAACAUAAUUUUAUAUUAGUUCUCUGUCUUUCAACACACCUUUUCUAUAAUUGAGCAAGCUUCUUUAUGCCAUCAGAAAAAGAAUGUUUAGCAGCAAGUCAUAUGUAAUAUGUCACAUGUAAUAUGUCAUGCAUAUGCAAGGUAAGUGUAUGUUGGAUAUAUUACACCUCACACAAGUUUAUGGAGGGUUUCAACAGUAUGAGCAAUACAUUCAUAAUUUACAAUAUAUUAAUGGCAAUAGCAUAAUACUGGCAUUAUAUCUCACUGGUGAGAGAUUUUAUUAAUAGUCUUUACCUGAGCUUAUCAUCUGACAGCCAUGUUUGCUUUAAGUCACUGCUUUCUUACCUUUGAUGUCAGUGGGUGAUUAUAACAGGAAAAGGAAAUUUUUUUAAAUAGACAAACUAGACAUUGCAGAUAUUUAGAUAACUGGCUACCACAUGGAGUCGAAAUGAUAAAAGUUUACUGUUCACUCAAGCAAUUGUGGAAUUCAAUAUGCAAUACAAAAAUCACUUUCAGGGCUUAGUAAGUAAUGCAACAUUAUGAGUAACAUGAAAACAUUGUAUGAAAUAGACCUUGGGUUAGGGAGAAAGUGUUUUGGGUUUUGGAGUACUUAACAAUUAUUUGUCAGCUCAGACUGACGUACCUUCAAGAUGUCUCAUGAUUUUGAUUUUAACCUUAUUCUGUUUACUUAAAAAUGUUCACUUGUUAACUUGAUUUUUUUUAUGACAUGUAUAAUGUAUACGAUGUUUGAUUUUUGAAAGUGUACAUGUCUAAAAUGUUAUACUUUUACCAGAAAGAGGAGCAUUUUGUACUUGGUACCACAGUAAAACCUCCCUAUUACGACAUGGAUUUUAAUCCAAAAAAUGGGUCCUGUCUCAGAGGGAUCAUAGUAGGGAAGUUAACCAGUCUGCUUUCAUUCUGCUAACCAUGACUUCAAACACUUAUAAGUUCAAGUUUAUUUAAAUGUUGAAAUAAUGCUCUUAACAACCAUAUCAUCAUACAUUUUUUGUCCUUUUUGCUUUCACUUGGUCAUGCUUAUUCUGCCAUUGUUAGGCUGUAUUGAAGAUUAACCAAAUGUCUACAGAUACAUUUAAUACAAACCUCCAAACUAAAGAAUAAUGAUGACAAAAGCUUUUUUUUUUUUAAUUUAAAAUUUUGUUAUGUGCCAUUGUGUGAUUUGUUUUUUAAAUGUGUAUUGGACUGGGGUUGGGUUUUUUUUAGUAUGAUGGUAGCUAAGCUCGUGCGAACACUGCAUAGCUCUCUUGAUAAUAUUUGACGUUAAUAUAGCUACUCCUGUCAUUGAAGAUCAAUUAAUCUUUUGAAUCUGAAUGGAUUUGACUUUCAGAGUUGAGACAAUAUGUUAGCUAUGACUGGAGUGAUAUGGUUUAGGUUGAAAUUACAGAUUACUCAUAGAACAAGCAGUCUCUUCCAAAAUUUACUUAUUUUACCUAACUUCUGCAGAAAAUCGUAAUCUAGGGUAAGCGGCCUACCAGAAGCAGUCUUUUAAAAUGUACUUAAUUUUUUCAUCAUAUGUUUGCGAAAAGGUCGUAAGCACAACCUGUCAGUUGUAAGUUGUGGGGGGGUUUAUGAUGUUUAUGUAGCAAAAUACAUCUGCGAAAAAAAUGUGUGGGUCAUGAGAGAGGGUUGUAAUCUAGAAGGUCUUAAGAAAGAGGUUUUACUGUAUUAGUUUAUAUGGAUAUUUUACAUUAUUUGUACAAGUUUUAUUCCUCUUAUAUAGAUGGUAUUGAUAAAAAUAUUAACUGACCUGAUCAUUGCUGAAGCUGUAAAUGAUAUAAGUAUUUGUGUGCAUGUUGAUGUAACAAUUAACAGCUUCCUUAUGUUUACUUUUGGUUGAUUUCAAACCAAACAAGCAUUGUGGCAAGCAUUACUCAUGUCAGUCCUUGCAUAUAACACUGUUUUAUGGCACAAGUUUUAUGCAAUUCCCAUAGCGUGUACUACACAUCUGGUCAUGUUUGUUUUUUAUUUUUUUUAAUUCCUGGAGAAUAUGCUCAGAUUGUUUGCAAAUGACAUGGCAAUGACACACCUUAUUAGUGCAAAGAGGUGAAAAUAUAUUUUGAUGAUUGUGAUAUUGCAGCCAUCGUGGUGUACUUCAAAAUGCCUGCUGUUAAAAAUCAAAAGUUAUUUUAAUUUAGAAAUGUUUUAUCGCUAUAAUAAUGAGCAACACUUAAUGAAUUUACCACACUUAAUGUACACUAUUAACCACACAUGCCACAUAAGUGAUAUCUAAUGAGCAAUGAGGUUACUCAGACUCACUUUUUCCACAAGUUUUUGAUGCCGAUGUGUUUCACAGAGAAGGACUAAGAUAUAAUUUGAUGCAAGCAGAAGCAUCCACAGAUUAUUUAUCUGUAGUUCAGAGACAUAAAAAAAUAACUUUUGAUCUCAGAACUCCAAUGUUAUGUUUUAAACCAUUUGUCUUCCAGUAUUUUUGUAAAAAAAAUGCCUCUGUAUACAAUGACACCUGCCAUUAUCAAUGCAAUACCCUCAUAAAUAAGGUGAACAGCCUUAAGAAAAACAAUAGCAACAAUGUGUGACUUAUGAUGAAUGAAAUUCUGUUCCUUCCAUUCUGCACUGAAUGCACUGUGUAGCUGUAUCAAGAUUAUAGGCUCAGCUGGGUGGAAAAUAUUCUAAAAUAAAAUGACAGCAAAAUUGAUUUGUGAAUUAAGUUAAUAUACCUUAGAUGGUUCCUCAGAAAAGGGGCAGAUUUUUCUUACUUGUGCAUGGAUUUAAAUCUUGGUGCUUGGAUUGUCCCAAUCUGUGUCCUUCUUUGUUUUCUUAUCCUUCUUGCACAAUCUUUAUUACCUACUACAGUAGUGGCACAUGAGGAAACAGAGUGCUUAAUCUGAACAAAACUCGAAAAAUCAAUGUCUUCAUUCUGAAUCUGAAAGCCUUAUCAGUAUCAAAACAAUAUUAAAAAGAUGAGGUAUCUAUUUUUCAAGGUACCAGGUCACAACAGGUUACAAACUAGUGGUAAUAACAUAUCCCAAUCAAAAUUAUGUGUAGCCUACAGAGUUUGAUUAAACAAAAACAUGAUUCACAGCUUGUGUACUCUACUGUGAUGUGCAUACACAGAUAACCACCAGUGGCAUAGGAAGAUGCUCAGUUUUGUGGGGGCAAACUCCAUGUUGGCAGUGAACAAUGCUCACAUUCUUGCUUCCUCAGUAACUUUUUUUAGGUGGCCUCUGGUUCCUACACCACUGCCUAUUGUAUCAAUUUGUGAACAGUGGCUGAAGCUCACUCCAUUAGGUGCUGCAUUAAAUGGAAAGAACUGAUAUUUUCUUCUUGAUUAUAUAAUAUUUUAACUACUGAGACACUGUGAUUUUAGUUUGUUAAAAACAGUUGCACAAAGGUAAACAAAAAGAAAAAAGUACAAAUUAUAAAAAAUAUAAAUUGACUGGUUUAAGGUUUAUAUUUUCUCAUCAUUUAUCUAUAUAAAAUUUGUUAUGAAGUAUGUUUUUGAGAACUGGUAAAUAAAUAUUUACUUAUGCACUUCAA